CGCGGGCCUCCGCAUAUCUUAACCUUUCAUGACCCUUCCAAAAGAUACGGUCUGCCACACGAGCAAAAAUGAUAUGACAAAACAGCGUAUUUCCUUGUGUUAGGCAUAAUUUUAGACACCACAAGAAAAGAAAAUAUUUACAAUUUUAUUGAUAGUUUUCUCGUAGUCAUUUUAUGUAAAGUCUAUUGUUAGGGAUUCGAAUAUGGCUCGUGGAUACAGGAAGUUGAUUCCUCACAUCAAUGACCUUUAGAAAUUUGAUUGACAAUCACUUCCUCUUUCAAAAAGUUCCUAGAAAUCAAAAAAAUUCAUAGUCUACUUCAUAUUUAAAGAAACGGUGCUCCCGGUUAUGUGCAAGUUGGCAUGUUUCAGUUCGAAAUCCCAAACAGAGGAAGUAGUUUUCUGGCGAAUAUGCGGGUUUACAGGGAACAGAUUGGUUCGAAAAUCGUCUGCUGGGAAUGUUUCAUGUUUCUAGAUUUCUUUCCCCACAAAAUCAAUAUGGCGUCUUAUCUCAGUAUUCAAUAUCUUUUACAUCAGUUAAUCCAUCAAGAAAUAUAAAAUCUAGGUCAAGAAACAAAUAAAUAAAUAAAAAAUCUAACAAGGAAAAUGCUAAAAUGAAUUUUGGCGCGAAUUUCGUGACGCCCGUCUUGUAACCUAAUUGAACAAAGCUUUUCCCUAACAACGAAUAUAUUUACGAUCAAUCCUCGUAAAAUAUGUUUGGAUAUGAUAAACCUAUUAUCAUUUUGAUAGUUUGUUUGAUCCAUCAGUUGUCAGCUGUUUGAAAAGCUACAAACUACGUUAUAUUUAGUUCCGCUUUUGCUAAACCGAGGGAGGGAUUUGUAUAGGGCAUUGCCGUUCCUCCUCCCCCCAAGCUCUAGUUUUGUGGCUUCUUCCUUGUUGGCCCGGCUGAACUGCUUUCAGCGAUUAUUUGACCUUUAAUUAAAGCAGCGAUGCUAUCGGUUGUGUGGCAAGGAUUUAACGUUAGCAUUAACGUAUCAAAAUAAAGUAAACUAAGGCUUCAUUUCGGUCUUAUGUAUAGCCGGCUUUAAACACUAUUAAAACUUCCUUUCCUAUUAAAGCAUCAUUUACUCGAAAUUUUCUGCAAAAUAGAAGGACUUGCUAAUAGCAGCUACUCAUUUAGCUUGGGCCAAUAGUUACUGUGAUAUGUUUCGAUCUUUUUGCCAUGACUUGGUUGGACUGCGUAGGCCGACAGCUUAAGGUUACGGUAUACGUUGGGUAAUGAAACUAAUAAAUCGAAUUUCUUUCACAGCCCACAUGUUAAUAUUCUUUAAUCCACCCACCUUAGCAUUCAAUAGCUUUCGAGCAUUAUAACAACAGUGUCUCGUCAUCGUUUAAUUUUCUCCACACGAAGAGGAAAACUUAGCCUUGGCAAAUCCAAGGUAUACUCGCAGAAUGGCGGAAGCUGAUUAUGUUUUCAAGGUUCUAGUGAUCGGCGAUAGCUGUGUUGGUAAAUCGAGCUUAAUACGACGGUUUCACGAAGGCAAGUUUGAAAAAAAUUACCUGUGUCAUACUAUUGGAGUGGACUUUUCUAUACACGAUCUGGAACUAGACGGCAAAAAAGUAAAGCUCCAUUUAUGGGAUACAGCAGGCCACGAGAAGUACAAAGCAAUGACUAGUACAUACUACAGAGGAGCUCAUGGUGCUCUUAUCGUAUUUGAUAUCACUUGUAAAGAGUCAUUCCAAAAUGUCAAGGAUUACUGGUUWAAAAAAAUAUAUAAAGAAAGUGGUGCAGAAUGUCUUGUGAUAGCAGUUGGCAGUAAAUAUGACUUGAAAGAUAAAAGGAAAGUUACUGAAGAUGAAAUUCAGGUAUGAUACAUGUAUAAUGGUACUAGGAAA